CGGGCCCCCCUCAACUAAGUGUCCCCAGAAUUCUCGGCUUGUCACCUCGCCCACCCCGAAACUCAAUCCUUCUCUUUGGGUCUUGACUUCUCCACUGUCUUCCUUAUAUUCCCCCCUCUCCCUCGCCUGCUUUCUCUUCUUUCCCUCCUCCUCGCCCCUACGUCUUCCCUAUACCUUCCAUCCUCCCAGUGCACCACCUGUUCAUCACUAUGGAGGCCAUUCAUGACAGUCCCCCACCCUACGCGACGGAUCGCAUCGACGAGAAGAAGGAUGAUCUCGGCCAGGUGGAACAGAACAUCAAGCCCGGCUUUGAGGAGUCUGAUGCCUUUGGAAACGAAGAGUUUGCCGAAAUCAAGUAUAAGACUCUGAAGUGGUGGCAAUGUGGACUGCUGAUGAUCUGUGAGUCCGUCUCACUAGGUGUCUUGUCCCUCCCCGCCGCCGUGGCUACCCUGGGUUUCGUCCCGGCCGUCAUCCUGAUUGUUGGCCUCGGAAUUCUCGCCACUUAUACCGGUUACAACAUUGGGUUGUUCAGGGAGCGGUACCCCCACAUUCAGAACCUCGCGGAUGCCGGAGAAAUCCUCAUGGGCCCUUUUGGCCGCGAACUCUUUGGCCUGGGCCAGUUCCUCUUCUGUAUCUUCGUCAUGGGCAGCCAUCUCCUGACUUUCCGGGUCAUGAUGAACACCAUCACCGAUCACGGUACCUGCUCCAUCGUGUUCAGCGUCAUCGGCAUGGUCAUCUGCAUCGUCCUCUCCAUCCCCCGCACCAUGAAGGGCAUGACCUUGAUCUCAUUUGCUUCCUUCCUUAGUAUUUUUAGCGCGGUCAUGGUCACCAUGAUUGGUGUCGGUGUGGAAAAGCACCCCGGUCGCAUUAUCGAAGCGACCGUGCACACCAACCUCUACACGGCCUUCAGCGCCGUUUCCAACAUCGUCUUCGCCUAUUGCGCCCACGUGGCCUUUUUUGGUCUGAUUGCCGAGAUGGAGACCCCGAAGGACUUCAAGAAGUCGCUCUUCAUGCUGCAAUCUUUUGAGAUUGCCCUGUACGUGACCGCUGCCUGCGUCAUCUACUACUAUGUCGGCAAGGACGUCCAAUCCCCCGCCCUUAGUUCUGCCGGUCCUCUUUUGAAGAAGAUUGCCUAUGGUGUUGCCAUUCCCACCAUUGUUGGUGCCGGUGUGGUGAACGGUCACAUUGGUCUGAAGUAUAUCUACUUCCGGGCCUGCCACAAGUCCGAUCUCAUCCACAGCCGCAGCCGGCGCUCGGUUGCCAUCUGGAUCGGUCUUGGCGUGGUCUGCUGGGUUGUCGCGUGGAUCAUUGCGGAGGCCAUCCCCGUGUUCAGUGAUCUCAAUGGUCUAAUUAGUGCCCUCUUCGCCAGUUGGUUCAGUUACGGUCUGAGCGGCAUCUACUGGCUGCAUCUCAACUACGGCCAGUGGUUUGCCGGCCCCCGCAAGAUCGCGCUGUUCGUGCUCAAUGUGGCGGUGGCCGUGUUCGGUCUCGUGCUGUGUGUCCUGGGUCUGUAUGCCUCGGGCACGGCCAUCCACAACGAUGCCAACAGCAACAGCUUCACGUGUGCCAACACUGACAGCUAAAUCCGCAUGCAUCUGAUCAUUUAUGGAGUUUAUGAGCGAAUCUCUGCCGCCGUCCGGGACGGCUGCAUAUCACGGCGUGAUGGGUUUUAUAUGCAUCGGUCUACGAGCUAACGAUUGAUUCAUGGUCUAAUUUCCUAUCAUAUCUAAUAUUUCCUGACCCAGGUCAUAAUCUUGUGCGAUCCCU